AUGAGGAGCCAGAGGGGAUGGAGGCCUUCUGAGGCUGGGCUGGCCGAUCCCAAUCCCACAAGCCACCUCCCCCUGAACCCCCUCCAGCUGUGUUCUCCGGGCCGGUGGAGGCAGGGCCAGUUUGCUCUAAGUUCAUCUAGAACACAGCGCCACAGCUGCCAUUCGCUUACAUUUGCUGUGUUGUUGGUAAUUCGUUUGAAGCGGGCAAAAGAUCAUUUUAGGACUAAAGAACAUAGACACCUCCUCAUUAGGAAGAGCUUGAACGGAGAAAACAAAAUCGACAAUUUUUGUGUCCUCGGUGUGCUUUGGGAUUUCCAGGAAGCCCCACCGCCACCCUGUGGGACAUCCCGCUACAGCCUGACCAGUGGCUACUGUGCCUUGUCGGUGCUGAAGGCCGAGCAGGCAGCUGUAUUCAAGUUCCCACUGGCGCCGCUCGGCUGUUCCGGGCUAGGCUCAGCGCUGUUGGCCACCGGGCCUGGGCUGCCUGGAGGCGCGGGCGCCGCGCACCUGCCUCUGGAGCUGCAGCUACGCGGGAAGUUGGAGGCAGCAGGCCCCGGGGAGCCAGGCACGAAGGCGAAGAAGGGACGCCGGAGCCGCACUGUGUUCACCGAGCUGCAGUUGAUGGGCCUGGAGAAACGCUUUGAGAAGCAGAAGUAUCUCUCCACGCCGGACAGAAUAGACCUCGCUGAGUCCCUUGGCCUAAGCCAGUUGCAGGUGAAGACUUGGUAUCAGAAUCGGAGGAUGAAGUGGAAGAAAAUAGUGCUGCAGGGCGGCGGCCUGGAGUCCCCUACCAAGCCUAAGGGGCGGCCAAAGAAGAACUCCAUCCCGUCCAGCGAGCAGCUCACUGAGCAGGAGCGCACCAAGGAGGCGGAGAAGCCGGCGGAGGUGCCGGGCGAGCCUAGCGACCGGAGCCGCGAGGACUGAGCUGGGCAGAGGGUGGGAAGCUGGAGAGAGACCCCUCACCGCGGCCCCCUCAGCCUGCCGCGGGACCCCACGAGCCGGCCCUUCUGCAGCCGUGCCGUUUGCCUUCCAAAUAUUUUAUUAUUAGUCUGAAUGUGGACAGUUAGGGGCCCAAACAGGGAAGGACACAGACCUUGAAGCCAAAUCUGGGCCCGGGCGCAUGCCUUGUCCUAACCUGGGAGAGUCUCUGCAGAAGUCACGGUCUUUCCCGGAGCUCUGCGGCGCCGGCGCCCCAGGUGCAUUCACGCCCAGCUCCUCACCCACCCACACCCCGCCCAGCCUUGGCGGCCUCUGGGUCCACGCAGCCAGGCACACAUCCGCUUCCUCGUGGGCCGGCCGGGCCGGGGACCCAGCAUCCAGGAGCAGGCCACCACCAGGGGAACCGGGCUGUUUGGCCGAGGCUGGGUCCCCGAUGUCACAGGGGCUCCUACCCCCUUCUUGCGAAGAUGGUGACUUUUUUCCAAUAAAAUA